CUGAGGUCCAUUUGUAUGCACACAAAGAAAAGAGUUUCUUCCUUUCCAGGAAAUAAAAUUGGCCUGAAAGACCUUGUGACUUUAUGGAGAUAUGCGGAAACAAAAGUUAGAACUAAACUCCAUAAGAUGAAGGUGACAACGAAAAUCAACCAUCACGACAAAAUCAGUGGAAAGAGGAAGACCGCCAAAAAACAGAAAAUGUUUCAACGUGCACAAGAGUUGCGGCGGCGGGCAGAGGACUACCACAAAUGCAAAAUCCCCCCUUCUGCAAGAAAGCCUCUUUGCAACUGGGUCAGAAUGGCGGCAGCGGAGCAUCGUCAUUCUUCAGGAUUGCCCUACUGGCCCUACCUCACAGCUGAAACUUUGAAAAACUGGAUGGGCCGCCAGCCACCUCCUCCAACUCAACAACAUUCUAUAACCGAUAACUCCCUGAGCCUCAAGACACCUCCCGAAUGUCUCCUUCAUCCCCUUCCACCCUCAGUGGAUGAUAAUAUCAAGGAGUGUCCUCUUGCUCCUCUUCCACCCUCUCCUCUUCCACCCUCAGUGGAUAAUCUCAAGGAGUGUCUCCUUAUACCGCUUCCACCCUCUCCUCUUCCACCCUCAGUGGAUGAUAAUAUCAAGGAGUGUCUCCUUGUACCGCUUCCACCCUCUCCUCUUCCACCCUCAGUGGAUGAUUAUCUCAAGACUCCUCCCUUAGCUACUCAGGAGGCCGAGGCGGAAAAACCACCCAAACCCAAGAGGUGGAGGGUGGAUGAGGUGGAACAACCACCCAAGCCCAAGAGGCAGAGGGAGGCCAAGGCGACCUGGGCAAUAAGAAUAAAUCCGUGGGUCGAAAAAAAGAAAAAAAUCAAAAAAUAAAACAAAACCCACACUCCUAAAACAAACUAACAAAGAAUAAAUAAAUAACAUAAAAAUAAAAUAAA